GUCUAUCGAGUUCCACGCGAAUGUACGGUGGAGAAGGAUAUUACGGCAGGGACUUGAGAAUGCAGCUGAGCGAUUGAUCCAAUCGUUGAUCUCAGCACAAAUGUUUCAAAUCAAAUCUGAACACAUACAAAUGUGACCCUUCAAUGCUCGACUAAAAUUCGAGCGGUUGUUUAUCGAGUUGAGCGGCCGGCAGCAUCUCCAAUUCCAUCGCGACACCGAUCCGACACCAACGUGCUGUGGCCGCACCCACUCUCGAGUCCUACAAACUACAUCCCUCUCAUCCAGUACUUUCGCAUGUCCAGUCUCUGUUUCCUUUUUCUAGUGCUCCACUCUACUCUCUCCUCUUCUCACUCUCUCUCUCUCCGUCCCCGUCAGAGAUAAAGUCCAGCCUCGCCGGUUUUCAUGGCCUCGAUCAUCGAAUCUGGUUGGCUGUAUCUGAUCACUCAUUUUAAUGACUUCCAACUGGCAUGUCUCGGGAGUUUCUUUCUUCAUGAAAGUGUCUUUUUCUUAUCUGGACUACCUUUUAUUUACUUGGAAAGAGCAGGAUGGUUGAGCAAGUAUAAAAUUCAGACAAAAAAUAACUCCCCUGAAGCUCAAGAGAAAUGUAUCACUCGCCUAGUGCUGUACCAUUUGUGUGUAAAUCUACCAGUUAUGAUUGCUUCCUAUCCUGUCUUCAGAUUCAUGGGCAUGAGAAGUAGUCUACCAUUGCCCUCCUGGAAAGUAAUAUCUACACAGAUUUUGUUCUACUUCAUCCUGGAAGAUUUUGUAUUCUAUUGGGGACACAGAGUGUUACAUACAAAAUGGUUGUACAAGCAUGUCCACAGCAUUCAUCAUGAGUAUGCAACACCAUUUGGACUGACGUCUGAAUAUGCUCACCCCGCUGAGAUCCUGUUUCUUGGAUUUGCAACAAUUGUUGGUCCUGCCAUCACCGGCCCCCAUCUUAUAACUCUCUGGCUGUGGAUGGUAGUUCGAGUUCUUGAGACAGUUGAGGCUCAUUGCGGUUAUCAUUUCCCCUGGAGCCUCUCAAACUUCUUGCCUUUGUACGGCGGUGCUGAUUUUCACGACUAUCACCACCGGCUGCUCUACACUAAGUCUGGCAACUACUCCUCAACUUUCGUUUACAUGGACUGGCUAUUUGGUACUGAUAAGGGAUACAGAAAAUUGAAGGCAUUGAAGGGCAGCGAGAAUGAGGCUGAGGGCAAGCAAAUAUAAGCAAGCAGAUAAAAAUUCUUUUUGCCCGCUCUGAAUCUGUGACAUUACAAGCAUCUUGCGAAAGGUCUCAUUCGUUACUCUUUGAUUUAGUGUGUUACCAGAUUACAUGGAUUUAAUCUGAUGUCUUUUACCUGAUUUCUUGUCCACCAGUCAUGUGAUUUCAAAUAAUGAACUGGACUGUUGUAAAAUCUCAAUGUAUUCUUCGUCCCUUGGUUCUCUAAUUGUAGCUUUGUUGGAGAUCUAUCUAGUUAUCUUCUUGAAUGGAAGAUUUCACGGACUCGUUAAUCCAAAUUGAAAUGCUAGCUUGAGAAAAUAAUUGACACUA